CUCCGUCAAGAAUUUCCAAAAUCUCGCCCUACCUUACCUUCUUUGGAUGAUCGAAGAAAAUCGUUUUUAUUACCUCGACAUUUAUUUUUCCGUAAAUCUACUGCUGAAAAACUUGAAAGUUAUUUACGAAAAGUUUUAAGUGAUAUAAAUUUAAAAACUUCAGCUGUUCUACGUGAUUUUUUAAGUGUCAAAUCUGAAAAAGACUCUAUUAGAUGGAAAAAUGCUUCGGCUGUAAAUAUUACUAUAGAUAAUAGAUCUGAUAUUGUUUCAAAUGUAAUAUUACAACAACCACAUAAAGCUUCUAUAGAUGAUUAUGAUUUAAUAAAAGUUCUUGGUAGAGGUUGUAUGGGGAAG